AUGAAUCCAACAAAACUAUUAAGCACAGAUAAUCCUUUGGUGUACAUUGGCUUUGUUGUUUCUCCAGUGAUUGGAUACAUCCCACAGAUACUUUCAAGAGACAUUCUCCUGUCUCCACUUAUUUCAACCUUCUUCAUAAUGUCGAACAUACUCAAGGUAUUCCACUACAGCUUCGAAAGAUACUCUAGGUUUCUUUUGGCACAGUAUGUCUUCGCAAUCUUACUUCAUAUGUUUCUGAUAACCAUAAACAAGAGGCCGCUAAGUACUUAUGAAGCAAGGAUACUUGGGAACAGAACGACCAAACUACUCUACAGAAAGUAUGGAGUCAAGGGAAGUGUUUUUGGAAUAGUGUGUAUUUUCGUUUUUUUCAUAAAUCUAUAUGGAGCUCUCUAUGGAACUUAUGAGCACUGUGGAAGGUUUUCAUCGGCUCUUGAAAUAACUGUUAAUCUUCUACAAUUGAUGCUCGAGAGAGAGGAAAGGAAUCCAGAGAAUCAAAAAAGAGAGCCUAAGAGAUCCCCUAAGGAGGUUUACUUCUGCUGGGUAGUCGGUGACAUGAUAAAGAUAUGGCUCAUGUCAAGUAUCGAAGCACCUAUAAUCUUCAUUGGAACAAUAGUGGUUCAAAUCUUUAUUGAUAUUUUCCUGAUUUUUUCCUAA